AUGGAUUCUCCGCUAAAUGUGGGUGACACCACCACCAAUUCAAUCCAGCAUCUAUUGAGCGAUACCCAUCUCAAUACUUCAUGUUCUACCACAGUGAAUUCGGCCGUGUACUCGGAUGAAAAGGUUAUACAAUUGAACUUGGUUAUUCAAACAAACGAGAAAGAAGACGGUAGGAAGAAAGAGGACGAUCCGAUAGUGAUAUUGAGACGUGUUCAGGACUCGUACAUUAACAUUUCUCAACUUUUUUCAAUACUCUUGAAGAUCGGGCACUUGAGCGAAGCUCAAUUGACGAAUUUCUUGAAUAACGAAAUUCUUACCAACACGCAGUAUUUGUCUAGCGGAGGGUCGAAUCCUCAGUUCAAUGACUUGCGGAACCACGAAGUUCGUGAUUUACGAGGUUUGUGGAUUCCGUAUGAUAGGGCCGUGUCAUUAGCUUUGAAAUUCGAUAUUUAUGAAUUGGCUAAAAGCUUAUUUUUGAUCGAUGUACAUGACUACGAUGAUUUGCCCAAAGUGGUCACUGCAAACAAGAGGUCGUUAUACGAGGGAUCUGCUGAUGGUGAAAAAGAUGCUGGGUUAACAGGCUCUCCCAGUAAGAAACAAAAGAUACAGGCCGAUAAAAUGAAUGGGGAUCAGGCGGAUAUCCAGAGUAUUCUCAAAAAGACUAUCCAAGAGAAUAAAAGCUUUCCUCGUACUUUGCCCCCAUUGGCGUCUGAUGAAGAAAAUUCUGAGUUGGAGUCGGAUAUUAAACUGAAAUUCAGUGAGAUUUUCAAAAAGGAUAAUACUUCCGAAUUAUCGUAUACUGAUAUUAAAUCGACCUUCCAGAAUAUACUACAAAAUAAGCAAGAAAACUUGCGUUUAUUAACGGAUAUAUCGUUGGACCAACUGGGUAAAACUGCAUUACAUUUCGCUUCUACUUUAGCAUCACUGGACUUAGUUUCAGCUUUCAUAAAAUUGGGAUUAUGCUCGCCAAUUAGGGGUACUACAUCAGGAAGAUCCCCAUUGAUUUCAGCCAUCUUAGUUACCAACUCAAUGGAAAGAGGUAAUUUCGCAGAAUUGUUGAGUGCUUUAUGGCCAAAUUUAUGGCUAUAUGAUAAUAAAAACUGGUCAUUUCUACAUCAUUUAGCAUUUCAAGCAAGCAAGAACUUGGAAUCAAGUAAAUUUUACUUGCGCAAGAUUUUGGAAUGGGUCAUUGCCGAUUCUGGGAAGAAACAAGAUUCUUUAACUACUCUAUCAAGAGAAUUAAUAAAUUUACAGGAUGAGGAGAGCGGGAACACCUGUUUACAUUUGGCAGCCGAAAGUGAAUCACGAUGGUUCGUUAAUAUAUUUCUUGAAUUAAAUGCCGAUGUAAAUCUUGUUAAUAAGACAGGUGUAAAGCCUGCAGAUUUCGACAUCGUUAAGGAUAUUUUAACUGAAAGAAAGAAUGGGGCAGAAUCAAAGAGUGGCACCGAGCAUGAUAACUAUAUACUAGAACUAGUUCGUACAAGCAUGGAAUUUCAUAAUAAAAAGCUAGAACUGGGAGUAAAUCCAGAAUCUGAAGACGAAGAUAAUACGAUCAAAGAAGAAGGUAGCAAACCUAAGAAAUUGGCCUCAGGUAGUUCUUCAUCGAACAAGAUUUUCCAAAGUAUACAAGAUUUAUUAUCAAAUACAAAUCACGAAUACGACAAUAUAAUUAAGACCAAACGGUUACAGAUCAAUAAUUUGAAUCAAUCUUUGCACGAUGCAACCAUUGUGACAGCAAACAAUAGAUUUGUAACCAAUAAGAUAUCAGAGAAACUAGCGUAUCUAGACAACUUGAAAUUACAGAUGGCUAAUAUUUCUGAUAAAUUACAGUUGGCCCAAAAGGAAAUCCCGGCCGACUUGAAAGUUGAAAAUGAAAACGAAAAUACUAAAUUUGAUUCAGAUGAACCAUUUAUCAUUAAACCAAUAUAUGAAAGGUUGAUACAAGGUGAAGCUGCUGACAGUAUCAAGCCUACGGAUGAAAUAUUAAGUCAAUUACCACCUUUGCCUAUUUUAAAAGCUAGAAUUAAAGCAUAUCAAGAAAUCAAUAGUAAGAUAGAAAGCGAAUUAACUAAUUUACUAGACUACAGUGAGUUGACCUCUAAGUUCAAGAAAGUAGUUAGUUUCUGUACAGGAGUCGAUAUUAAUGAGGUUGAUGAGUUAUUGGACGGUUUGUUAGAAGCUGUUGAGGGUCAACAGUAG